CAUCAACAUUAGGAAAAUGUCGGCGCCCUGUGCCUGGUGAUCCCAAACAAAUCUCGCAUCAAAAUUCCUUCUUUAUAGAAUGGAUGACCCCCUAGAAUUUCCUGAUGGACCAGUGGUGAAAACAUUGAGGUCCAGACACAAAGGUCCUGUUGAAGAUGGGGUCAAGACUAUUAAUUGUGGACCAUUCCUGCGGAAAACUGGGUUGUCCUGGCUUGUUACCUGUCAAUAUUUGUGGUGUGUGAAGGACAUCUGUGGGAUAAUCUGUUGUGUGUUUACAUGGAUGUUAAUAUUGUAUGCAGAAUAUGUAGUUUUAUACGUCAUGCUAUGGCACAAUCCAUAUACUACCUGGAGUUUUAUAAAUGCAGUCAUCUUUCAGUUUUUUGCUUUCAUGGCGAUAAGUUCACACCUGAAAACAAUGUGGUCCGACCCUGGAUCUGUUCCAAAAGGGAAUGCAACAAGAGAGCACAUUUUACGCAUGGGACUUCGUGCUGGUCAGGUUGUCUUUAAAUGUCCUAAAUGUGUUAGUAUCAAACCAGAAAGGGCACAUCAUUGCAGUGUCUGUCAGAGGUGUAUAAAAAAGAUGGAUCAUCAUUGUCCAUGGGUUAAUAAUUGUGUUGGAGAAAAUAACCAAAAAUUUUUUGUUUUAUUUACAAUGUAUAUAUGUUUAAUAUCAUUCCAUAGUUUGUACAUGUCUGUUUAUCAUUUUAUCACUUGUGUUGGGAAGGAGUGGAAGUUAUGCUCAGGGUUUUCUCCACCAGCGACCACAGUUUUCCUGAUUUUCCUGAUAUUUGAGGGAUUGCUGUUUGGUAUAUUUACAGCUAUAAUGUGUGGAACUCAACUCACAGCUAUCUGUUCUGAUGAAACUGGGAUAGAGAAUUUAAAGAAAGAUUCAGGUGAAUCUGAGAAGCAAUCCUAUUGGCUGAGUUUAAAAUCAGUGUUUGGACAUCCGUUUAGCUGGAGAUGGUUUUCACCUUUUUCCAAUCCUAAGUUUACAAAUAAUGCAUCAUACCACUGUGUUUGAUUGGACGGAGACUUUCAUCUACAGCAAAGAACAAAAGUACUUUAUACUUAACAUUGAAUUAAAGAUUUAGUGGAUAUUUUGUUUAAGCACAGUAGCAUAGUUCUAUUUGAAAUAAGAAAUUACGCAUACUUUUAUAUUAUGUUCUGAGGUAAUGAUUAGAUGCUGCAGAAUUUGUUUACCGCAGUAUUUUUUUGCAUUGAUAUAAGAAAUAAACUAGUAUCACUGAUUAAAAUGAUUAUUAUGAUAAUUGCAAAUACUACACAGUUUUCAAAAUAAUGAUUAUAAAAGGCUUUUUUUCCUAUUGAGUUAGACUGCUAAAACUUGAGGUGGCUAGUUUGAAACUUGGUCAUAGCAACGUGUAUUCAACUUAUCUUAAAUAAUUAGUUUUCUUACUGAAAGUAAGUGGUCUCUAUAAGCACUUAUGCUUCCUAUGUCACAAAAAACCUCCAGCCAUGAUGGUCAAAAGUGCUAAAAGUGGUGUUCUACUCCAACAAUCAAUCUAUCAAUAUUACCUUACACAAUUUCUAAGAGACGCUUAUGUACAUGGAUCUAUGACAGAUAUGUCUAACUCCUUCAUAUAUGGACCAUAAUUUGCUAUUGGGCUCGUUUCCUAUAACUAGAGAAAAGUGAUAAAAUUGUGAAUUACUGUAAGAAAAGUUGUAACUACAUCUAAAGAUGCCAUUAUUUUUAUCAACAUACAAGUGUUUGCUACUCUUCCCUAGAAAAAAAAUUGAAAUAUACAAAUUUCAAAGAUUCUACAACCGUAUUUUUGUGUCGUUUCUCGCGUUACUUUUUGCUUCCGAAGAGCAUAACGCUGACUGAUUUAUAGAUAAUCGUCAACGGCAAUUUCGUAACUUUUGCUUUCAAAUAACAAAGAACAUCGACCAAUAAGAAUAGUCAGAAGAAAAUGCCAAGAACUAUAAGUAUUUAUGUAGCAAAAGUAAGAACAGUGGCGUGACUUUUGUGUCCGAUUUCGUAAUGCAAAUUUUAGAUGAUGUAAUCUGCUUUGUUGUAAUAGAAUUCUUAAAAACAAUAUGCAAAUAUGAACUCUUGCGAGAUGUUCAAACAGGUAAAUCAGAGAUGAUUUACAUUCUUGUUUUGAUCUUCGUAAUAAUUAAGUUAGAAAAUGACGUUAUCCUUAUGCGUUACAUUUCACACGAAACAGAAGUCCAGUUAUUUAUUAAAAUUGUUUUUGUCCUUAAGUUCUAAUCAUUUCCGGUCAUACGUGAAACAUGUGACUAACAUGUGAUCACGCCAUUACAGCCGGACAUACGAUAUACUAGUUCUAAACAUUGUUUUUAUUUCCAACGGGAUGU